AUGUGCGGAAUAACGGCGGCUAUCACUCUCAGAAGAGGGGCUUCUAGUAAUGGAGUGAACGGUACUAAUGGUACCAAUGGCACCAACGGAAAAGCCGAGCAUGCUCACAGUGAAAGAAGCAAUGCCGAAACGCUUCGCAGCCAGCUCGAGAAGAGCCUCGAGACUAUCGUUCAUCGUGGCCCUGAUGCGUCCGGCAUCUGGAUCAGUGAGGAUGGGGCUAUAGGCUUGGGACACAGACGCCUUGCAAUAAACGAUCUGUCCCCAGAUGGAGUGCAGCCCAUGCACAGCGACGAUGCAAAGAUCCAUGCGGUUGUCAAUGGAGAGAUAUACGAUCAUGACGCCCUUAGGGAGCGAUGUAUCAAGGAGCAUGGGUACAGGUUCAAAGGCCACUGUGAUAGCGAAGUCCUAAUUGCCCUUUACAAGAUCCAUGGCGCCCCAGGGUUCUUCGAAUAUCUUCGAGGAGAGUUUUCUUUCGUCAUCUUCGAUGAAAGAGACGGCCGCGUCAUUACCGCCCGGGAUCGAUUUGGCAUCAAGCCCAUGUUCUGGACCAUUCACGGAGAGGAUGCCAGAAAACGCUUGCUAUUAACCUCAGAAAUGAAAGGCUUCCUAGCUCUGGGCUGGCAACCUGAGUGGAAUGUCUAUGGUCUCAUCAGCGGAUCUUCUCUUCAAGCCGAGAACACGGUAUUUAAGGGCGUAUGGAAAUUGAACCCUGGGACAUGGAUGGAGAUCUCCCGGGACGGUCAGAUUCAACACCACCAAUAUUGGGACCCGGAGUACAAAGAUAAGCAUGACGUAGAGAAUCGCACUCUUGAUGAAAUCAUUUUGGAAGUUCGGAAACGCAUUAUAGAAGCGACCAAGCUUCGCCUUCGCGCUGAUGUGCCUGUUGGCAUCUAUCUCUCAGGUGGUAUUGAUUCGUCAAUUAUCGCAGGCAUAGUGACCAAAUUGGUUCGCGAGGAAGGCGUUCUGCUGGGGAACCAAGAUGCAACAAAGAGAAUAGCAUGCUUCACCAUUCAAUUCCCGGAAACAUCGGGAUUCAAUGAGGCCGAUAUUGCCGAGAGAUCAGCCGAAUGGCUGGGCGUGCAGAUCAUCAAAAAGGACAUGAACGAAACCGAGUUGGCCAACAAUUUUGCUGAUGCAAUCUAUCACGUUGAGCAUCACCACUUUGAUCUUAACACGGUGGGGAAGUUCUACUUUCUUCUGGAGCCGGAUCAUGCAUGGCCAUCUUCUACCUUAAAUAAGAACAACGAGGUGCGUGAAGGCAUGCAUCGAGAGAUGACGGAAGAUAUUACGAAAAUGUUCGACAGAAUCGUUGGGAAUAAUGCCAUGAGAUGGCAACCAAGCAAAGACUUGUUUGCGCCUUGGGUCAAGGAGAAGUACGCAAGCCUAGACAUGAGGGAGACCGUUGCUGCCUCGGUGCCGGCUGAGAUCCGUAAGAAGAUGGACGAAAGUUGGCACCCACUGCACUCCUCUCUCUGGGUCUACACCAAAUCGCCGCUUGCUAACAUGAUCCUAACCUGCUUGGGGGAUCGCACUGAAAUGGCGCACAGUGUCGAGGCUCGGCCACCUUUCUUGGAUCAUCACUUGGCCGAGUACGUCAAUGCCCUGCCUCCAAGCCUCAAAAUUGCGUACAACCAGGCCGAAGGCGAGGCUGUAGGCACUGGCGCGAGUCUCUGGUGGAAGAAUCUCAGUGCAGCGCGACAGUCGUUGAGCGAGAAGUGGAUUCUCAAAGAGGCUGGAAAGCCAUUUAUUACACAGGAACUGUACGAACGGCGCAAGCACCCCUAUUCGGCUCCUGUCAAAUGGCCUCGUGGUGGCCCUCUGCAUCAGAUGAUGGAGCGACUGAUCACCAAGGAGAGCAUUGAGAAUUUGGGAUUCAUAGAAUGGGAGGACGCGCGAAGCUGGCUGGAGACAGGUUUUGGAGAUGAGGCUGAUCCGCGGUCGUUUAGAAAGUUGGUUGUCACCGGCUCUUGGGUGGUUCUGAGCCAAAGGUUCGGUGUAAAGAAGGCUGUCAAGGAGCCAUGGGCAAACGGCAUGCGAAGGGUGUGCGUCUGA